AUGGCGCCAAGGAAUUACAAACGUAUAAGAACUGAAUCAGCAUAUGUACCAGAUAUGUCUGCAAUACCCACAGAGGACGAGGAGACACAAGAUCCAUGCACAGGAGCUUUCAUUUCUCAGGAUGGACCUCCUUUUGGCCACCAACAUGACUCAGAUGAUGAUGCGCAGAUACAUCCCUCCCCCACUAAUGGUCUUGAGGUAGAGUCCACCCCUACAACACAGGCACCACCACAUCACUAUCGACCGGGAGACAUAAUCACUAGAGAUGAAAAUGGAUUUCGCCAGACGAUUGGUAUGCCCUCACCUGGAGACAUCUGGGGGUUGCGUGACGGGCUGCAAGUGGUUAUUCAAUUGAAUAAUAAUGGUCAGGCAAUAGGAGUGGGUAGUGAGAAGUUAGCCCGCUUUGGUGCUUUACUUGUUAAAAAAGGGGGUCUUUGCCCCAUGGGUAACCCAGACUGGAGGACAGUACCCGAUGAACAGACAGAUCCUAUGUGGGAAAUAAUGCGGAGAAAAUUCUAUUUUGAUACAAGCUUGCCGCCAGAAGCUGUAAAAAAGAUAAUCAUCCAGGGGUUGGGAACAAGAAGGAAGGAACAUAAAUACGAACUAAAGCGUUCGUUGAACAUCCAGCCGGGUGAGACUGCUCAAAGUCUCAUUGCGUCAGUAGCGCCUGCAUCCAUGGAAGACCCUGAGGAGUUCAAAACUAUGGCUAAAUAUUGGACAGAUCCCAGAGUCCAGGCCAAAGCCAUGAAAAAUAAGGAAAGCCGGGGCAAACAGACAUUAGUCCACGCUUGUGGGUCAAAGAGCUUAGCCAGGAGUGCAUUCGAGGAUGAGUCGAAAUCAGGGAGGGGUCCCGAUAGAGGCGAGUUAUUCAUAAAAACUCACAAGCACAAGGAUGGUACCCCAGUUUCUAUAGAGGCCGCGGCCAAAAUUUGCAGAUAG